AUGGCUUCCGAAAAAGAAAGAGAUAAUUUUUGUGUCCGUUUUACCGGCAAAAAUUAUUCGGCAUGGGAAUUUCAAUUUAAGAUGUAUGUUAGAGGAAAGGGAUUAUGGAGUCACUUAGAUGAUGUUUCUAAGGCACCGAGGAAGAAAACUGCUUUAGAUGUGUGGGAAACUAAAGAUUCUCAAAUCAUCACUUGGAUUCUCAACAGUAUUGAUCCUCAGAUGAUCAAUAAUUUGCGCUCUUUUUCAACUGCUCAAGAAAUGUGGAAUUCUUUGAAGCGCAUUUAUAACCAGGAUAAUUCGGCAAAACGGUUUCAGUUAGAGCUAGACAUAGUCAACUAUAAACAAGAAUUUGAGGUUGUCAGAGGUGCUUUGCUAAAUAGGAAUCUUGUUCCUUCUUUGGAUACUUGUGUUGGUGAACUUCGCAGGGAAGAACAACAUCUGCUUACUCAAGGAACUAUGUCUCGUGAUUGUGUUAGCUCUAAUCAUUUAUCUUUUGCUAGUAAUAGUGUUUUGAACUCUUAUGAGGAUUGA